AAAACAUCAUUGCUCACAACAACACUAGUAGACCAUCGAGUAGAAUCACUCAUUAGUAACAGUAUAACUACGGUGCUGCUGUGCUGUGCCUGAAGCAUAGGAAACACAGGCACUCUUCAUUGUAACAAAGAUCGCACAAACCAAGGAGUUAUUUAUUAUUUUUUGUCUAAUGCAAAGAGGACUUUAGGGGUCUGGAAGCCAGUGAACACGGCGAGAUUAUUUUGGUUCAUUGGAAUUAACAGCAGCAAGGAUUCAAGUCUUUCCUGGCUUUGAUGCGACCCGACUUUGUCUGGAGCAUGUCCACAGCAGGCCUGACUGCUCAGGAGAUCUGUCUGCCCACAGAAAGCCCCUUCCUGCGGGCCAGCUACUGUCACAGCAUGGCUCGAUCCAAACCCUCAUGGAGCAAUCCUCAUGAACGAGAGAAGCUGUUGUACUUCAGUAUGGAAUCUCAACAUAUAGACCCAAGCUUCCCAUCCUAUCAACCACUACCCCCUACACUCAGUGUUGAGAAGAAGAAACACAGCCAGAAGAAGUCCCCGCCCGCCCUUCCCUUCCUGACACUCAGCCCGGAACCGUGGACUCCCAGCCCGGACGACGACCAGGUGGUCCCGUCCUUCCAGAGGCUGUCAAUUCACGAGCGGAGCAGCCCUCCCCAGACGCCCGGCAGAUGUUCCAAACCCCUGCCCCCCCUCCCCACGCGGCCGGACCACUGCCCCGAGCAGGAUAUGGACCGAGAGGUGGAGGAGUUGUUCCUCGGCACGGAGGACAGCCGCUGCCUGGUGCCCGACCUGUGCUCCAAGCCUUCCCCUUUCCGCUACGGGGCCCCCUUCCGAAGGAGCUUCCGGGACUGCGGGAAGAUCAACCAGGCCUACUUUGAAGGCCCCACGGUGCAGCCCAGGCCGCCUCAGCCCCAUCCGCUCCCCGGGAGGGAAUCGAACAGGGAAUCUGUGGAGAAGCAUCCCCCGGAGCCGCCCGAGCCCCCCUCGGCGGGGGGCCGGGACAGGGCUCUGAGGAAGCUGCGGCGGUCCCAGUCGGGCCCCGCCGGCUCCAAGCCCUCGUUGCUCCGCUCGUCCUGCCGCUCCCGCCGGCCCCCCGCCAUGGAUAGAGCGACCGCCCCUCCCCCGGUGCCCCCGCGGCCCAGCAAGACGGUGGAUUACCGCCGCUGGUCGGCGGGGGACCCGCACGGCGCCUACAGCGACGAGGACAAACCCCCCAAGCUGCCCCCCCGGGAGCCUCUGCCGGUGGGCUGCUCCCGCACCCCCAGCCCCAAGAGCCUCCCCACGUACUUCAACGGGGUGAUGCCCCCCACCCAAAGCUUCGCCCCGGACCCCAAGUAUGUGAGCCUGCAGAGACAGAACAGCGAGGGCUCGCCCUGCAUACUGCCCGUGAUCGAGAACGGCAGGCAGGCCAGCUCCACACACUACUUUCUGAUGCCGCUGGGUCGAGGCGGGAGAGGGGACUCUACUUGACUCUAUAGGGGACCACCACGGGGGUGUUGGGGAAACAACGACAUGGAAACGGUGAUAUCGGACACUUCCGUCCCUCAAACUGCUGCUUACCCCUCUUUUGUUUUGUUUUGUCGAUGAGUUUUACUUUUAUUUUUUUGACCCCUCUGUAUUCUGAAGACACAGGGUAUGUGUGCACUGCAUUCAGUUACUGGAAGCGUCGAACGGCGUUUGUGACGAGAGACGAUUUACCGAGGACAAACGACGACAGCUACAACAACCACGACAACACGCGCGUCUCGGGUUAGAGGUCGUAGGUGAACCGUGGCACGGAUUAUUUUUUUAUAUGAAUAUUAUUUCACCGUAUUCAACGGUGUGCUAUUCUUUGGCUCAUUCUGUGGUGCAGUUGAAAGGGUACAAGCGGGACUUGCGCCUUGCGUUCUCAGUGUUUUGUGCCUGGCGGGGUGGAGAGCAGGUGGGCGACACUCGUUCAGUUUAGUGUGAACCGAUUUUUUUUUUACAUUGCUUUUGAAUCUCACACGGGACAAAAGGUCAGUAGCGAAAACCAUGUAUCACUUAACGUAUCUAUGAAGCUUACAUUACCAUUUUUAUGUCUAUAUGAAGGAUGCAUCGACGAAAAACAAUCCCACUCUUAUGUUCUGUAUACAUACAUGUGUUCCCCUGCAUGUCUCCACUACAACCGGUAUGUAGUUCCCCUGCCUCGGAGUGUCUCUCCCCCCCGUCUCGGUUUGUUAUUGGCCUGCCCCGCACAGUACAUUUUGUGUGGAUGGACAUCAUAUGUGUAGCUAUGCAUUGUUCCAGAAGAAUGUCUUUCAUUAGUGAACGUGUUGUUGUAUGUGUAUGUGUUUGCGUAUGUGUGUGUGUGUAGUGUAGGACCAGUGCUUCUGGUAAUUUUUUGUUUAUAUAUAUCUAUAUAUAUAUAUAUAUCUAUAUAUAUAUAGAUAUAUAUAGAUGUAUAUAGAUUGACUUUCUACAUUUUGUAGAAAAAUAGUUAACAAUAUUUGUUACCGUGCUCUGCCUGUUUUGCAUCACCUGCUCUUUAAGUACAACUUCCUCAAGUGCACACUUGUAUUAUUACUCGCUCGUCGUCGGUGUCCAGGUCAGGUCUUUUUGCACAGGAGUUAAUUCUUGGUAAAGCUGUGAGUCAUUUGCUUGGAAAUAAUUUGCCUCAAGUACUACCUCCCUCGAUGACCCUUCAGAAAAACGCUCUGACAAUAGCCGCUAUUUACUUUGCUUUACACUCUUAAUGACAUAUGCAUACAAGAUAGGGUGGUGAACAUGUUGUCCCCCUUCAUUAUAUUCCUCACUAUGCUCCACAAUUAUUACUUGUUCAAUUUCACACACAAUAGAUGAGAAAACCCCCUUAAACUACACACACAGUUCAAACCACUUCAUAUUUUUUGAACAGUCCUUAAAAUCGCCGAUCCUUCACAACAAAGGAAGUUCGGCUCACCUGAUAGCACGCAUGACACACACACACACACACACACACACACACACACACACACACACACACACACACACACACACACACACACACACACACACACACACACGCGCGCACACAGUGCGCGCGCACAAAGUGCAUGCGCAGGCCAUGACAAACUGACUUUCUUGUUCUGCUCAUGCAUUCCUGCCUUACAUGAUUGCAGUGGGUGUGGUAGGAGAGACUUUGGCUGCUGGCAGCAGGUGAAGUACAUGAAUUUUAUUGUUAUAGGUGAUUGAAGUACCUUUGGGAUGAUAUAAUUAAUGUAGCACAUGCGUUGAGGUAACCCCUUGUGUGAAGAACACGCUGUUCGGUAUAAAAAAGAGAGAAAAGACACAUUAGCGCGAAGGUCAAACGGUCAUUGAAGUAUGCUUUAUAUUUUACUCUCCCUCCUGGUCACGAGAAAAGAAUACCUUGCUAGAGACGACGUUUUGAUAUAAUGUCUCAACAUGUUUACAUUAUACACUGAUUUUUUUUGUUAUAUUUAAUCUUAAUAUAUUGACAUGUCUUAUGAGAAGUACAGAAGAAUAAAAACGACAUCAAAUGAAGAUUAUGGUUGUACUUUCAUUGAGAAAUAACUGACAUUCUCUGCUGUGGUAUAAAAACAUGCACUGGGAGAGUUAAGAGAGUGUACAGUAUUUAACAAAGAAACUGUCAUUAUGUAUGGUUGAUCGAUCUAUAGUCUUUUAAAAAGGAAAACAAAAUAAAACAACUUAUUUAUGAACCUGUUGGAUUUCGAUGUGUGAUUUUUUUUUUUCUCCUCCAAGUGUGAUUCAGCUGUAUGGCCUGUUCCAUCAUCGCCCACAUGCUGUGCCUUUCAGUGGCUGGCCACACUCCAGGUACACCACAGAGUCUUAAACAGACACAGGCAGGUUACCUUCCGCUUCCUGGUCACAGCUAGGUGCUUUACAGCUGCUGGAGCCACGGCUCAAAUAGCAGCUGGCAUAAUGUCCAGGUUAAGUGUUUUACAAUGCUGGGGAGUGCCUUUUAUUCUUGACUUUUGUCCGUGCGGUUCCACAUGAAUAUCAACAGGGAUGGGUUCAGUGCAGUUAGACUGAGUUAAAGGGAAGAGUUUGAAAUGUAGAAUGUACUUUUACGUCACAACGUUGCCAUGGUGGUGUUGCGCCCAUUUUGCGCUUUCUUAACAAAGGCAGUGACCAUUUCUGUAGGUAUGGUGCGCUGAUAAUAUUGGAUUGUGUCUCUGAAUAGAACAAAAGCAACAGUGUCAUCUAUGUAGGCCAAGCCUUUAACCUGCUUCAGUCUUGACUUAGCCAACAGCUGACAUAAUGGGUCGUGAACAUGGCUUCCUGUUUUAUUAUCAGCCCAAUUUGCAUUACAAAUUGUUGCUUGUGAGGUAAGUAGGUCAUGUUAUUAUAUUGAGAGUAACAUAUACAGAUAUUAAAGUUGUUGAAUGUAAAUGCUUCAUAUAAAUAAAAGGCACAUCAUCCUCUUCAUAUUGAUUUUUGAACUUCUGGCGAGUCAUAUUUAAAGCUAUGUGAUUUGUAACAGAUUAAUGUGAUUGGGACCUAUAAACUGUGAUUUAUGAGCUAUGGAUUGUAACUAUGCUUGUAGUAAUGAGAACUAAAUGUAAUAGUUUUUAACCAUUUCUUCACAGAAUUCUAGUUUGCCAUUUGCGCUUUCAGAUUUUACCAAUUUUAGCAACAACUCUGAUAAGUAUAAGUUUAACUUCAAAAUAGAUCUGAAACCCUAAUCCUGAAACAUUUUAUGAUGAGCUAAAUUUCAUUAUCAGUUGGGCGUCUUGGUUGUUGCAUUAUUAAUUGUUAUAUGACCUCUGCUGAUUAAUCUGAAUGGACUGAGCAAAGAGGAAUUAUUCCCUUCCUUUUGCCUUCAAGUUUUGGCUCUCUAUAACACGAGUAGUAGGCCUAAAUCGUACAAUAAAACACAACACAACAAAUACAAACAUUAAUUUCCAUACCAUAACAGAU